GGUCCUUUACGGACAUUGAGGGCAGAGGGGCGAGGCGCCGCAGUACUCCAGAGGACCGCAAAGGAAACAAGGAGCGCCCUGGAACUGAGUGUGGUAACGGAACCUUAGGAGCCUGGAUUGGAACUCGAGUAGGAAGGACUACAGAACGUGCCUGUUGGGACACGUGACUGGAAGUUAGGGGCAUGGGCGCCGCUGGCUGCGGAAGACAGCGUGAUUUGAGAAGAACUAAGGGAAAGAAUUCUCCUGCACAGAUAGAGAAUAAUUUUUCUUAUUAGAACACCCUAAGUGUAUGCCCAGCAUUCAUGAACGCCAACAGAGAAGUGAAGCGCCUUUUUGUGGGCGGCCUUGGCCAGAACAUUUCCAGGGCAGACCUACAAAAUCAGUUCAGCAGAUUUGGAGAAGUUUCUGAUGUGGAGAUCAUCACACGAAAAGAUGACAAAGGAAAUCCACAGAAAGUCUUUGCGUAUAUCAACAUCAGAGUAGCAGAAGCAGACCUGAACAAGUGUAUGUCUGUUUUAAAUAAAACAAAAUGGAAAGGUGGAACACUACAAAUUCAGCUAGCAAAAGAAAGUUUUUUGCACAGAUUGGCCCAAGAGAGAGAAGAAGCAAAAGCAAAGAAAGAAAAAUCAACGAUAGGCAACACCAACUUCUUGGAGAAGAUGGGUGUGGUGGAUUUCCAUGUGAAGGCUGUGCCAGGGACCGAAGUGCCAGGGCACAAAAAUUGGGUUGUGAGUAAAUUUGGAAGAGUAUUACCAGUCCUUCACCUAAAGAAUCAACAUAAACGUAAGAUCAUGAAGUAUGACCCAUCAAAAUACUGUCACAACUUAAAGAAGAUUGGGGACGAUGUCACAGAUGUCACCCCUGUGUCCCACCUCACUUGGGAACUGGAAGGAGGGGAUGAUCCCAUGAGUAAGAAGCGACGAGGUGAGUUCUUUGCCGCUCACAGCCCCCCCAGGAAGAGGAUCAAAGUGCAGAAGGACGAGGCAUGUGCUGCGUUUCCAGCUGUAAGAGCAAGACCCAGCAGGGUUCUGGGGAGUCUGCAGCCCCUACAGCAAGAAGUGGCACAGGAAACACCCUGUGAUCCUGUUACUCCUCCGAUACUGCGUGUACCUGCUUCUCGUAGCCAGAAACUUAAAAAUGUUCAGACUUCUGGCAUGGGAACUACCAGGAACAGAAAUCACAUGUCUGAUGAUGAUACACAUUCCGAAGAAGAAAUAAGACUACUGAUCGCAAGAGAGGAAAGCCUGGAGAAAACUAUGCGGUCGUCAAUAGAUGAAUCUCCAAACGAGCCCUUCGAAGUUGUAAGGGGUGAUUUCAAACCAGAUGUUCGCAAACUGCGCUCUUUACCAGGGUUAGGUGAUGCCUCUUGCCUGGCUGGUGAAGACCAUGUCAUAGGAAGCGAUUGCAACUAUGAUUCAGGAGACACAGAUGAGAUCAUUGCAACAAGGAAAAAGCCCAGUGAGGUCAAAAGCAGUACAGAAUUUUCACAAAUGGAAACGUCUGUACACAAGAAAGCUUUGAAAAAUAGAAAAAACUGUGAGCUUUCUGAUCACUCUGUUGAAGCCCAAAACAGAAAAACCAACGUGGAACUAGCCGUCAGUCCCGGGGCUACAUCCCACUCCAACAGCUGUGAAGAUGUGGGCUCUGUGUCAGAAUGCAGUGGGUCUGAGGAAGAUGAGGAGUACAAUGCUCUGAUGAGAAACUGCCGUCGUGUGAGUCUCACUUUAACUGAUCUGGAACAGCUGGCUGGCAGUGACCUGCAGGCUCCAGGACAUGACCCUGAGAGCGGUGACCAGGAAACCCCCGCCAAGUGUGACAAGGCCUCCAAGAGCCAUAGGACUCGGGGUGGCCUCCACAGACGCCAGCAGUGUAUCCAUCCUGCAGAGAUAGUGGCUGACCUCCUAGAAGGAGAAGAAAACACCCAUGGAAAACAGAAACCAAAGGAAAACAGCCUAAAGCCGAAAUUCCAGGCUUUCAAAGGGGUACGCUGUCUCUAUGGAAAGGAAUCAGUAAAAAAAACCCUGAAAGACAGAGUGGCCUCUGACGAUACAAAUAAAGAUCAGCAUUCCUUGAAACGUGAUCCCAGUGGCCUGUCCACAGGAAAGGGGUCCCCAUGCACUAAUGACUCACCAAGCGAACUAACUCCUCUCCAACAUGCAAAGAAGGCAAGUGACCCAAACCAAAUGCAGCCUGAAAAGAGACAAUCCACUUUUGAGAGCAAGGAUCGCAAGAUGGUGUCCCCAAGCAAUUCGGAGAGGGGAAGUAGAAGUCCUACUUCUAGUCUGUUGCCGUUAAAAGAUGAGAAAUCUUUAAGUCUUGGUAUAAAGACCCCCAGGAUCGGCUUUGAUAAAGACGGUUACCACGGGACCAGAAAGACAAGAGAGGGCUCUGGAAGGAGCAGCCACAUGGCCCCUGGGAAAGCACUGGAGGGCUCUUCCAGGAGAGCCGCUCAGGGCAGCAGCACGGACUCCCCACUUCCUGUAACCGCUUGGUCAGGCUUGCCCGCUAAGGGUAAGCAUACUGACGAUAACGAGAAACGUUUGGCAGCCUUGGAGGAAAGGCGGAAGGCAAAAGAAGUGCGGAAGCAGCUGGUUCAUAACGCCCUGGCAGAUUUGGAUGGUCAUCCAGAGGACAAGCCAACACACGUCAUCUUUGGUUCUGACAGCGACACAGAGGAGACACCAACUCGGGAGCAAAGCCACCCAGGAGAGGAGCCAGUAAAAGAGUCUGUGAGUAGAGCAUCUGGGAAGCUGUUUGACAGUGAGGAUGAGGAAUCCGACUCCGAAGAUGACAGCCACAGGUUCAGAAUUAAACCUCAGUUUGAGGGCAGAGCUGGGCGGAAGCUCAUGGACUUACAGUCUCACUUCGGCACCGAUGACAGAUUCCGCAUGGACUCACGAUUUCUGGAAAGUGACAGUGAGGAGGAACGGGAAGAGGAAAACGACAGCAGAACUGCCGAGGAAGAAGAGCUUGCUGCCGAGAAGCUCAAAACUCUGGACGUUGUGCAGAGUGUUUUGCAAACCACCCUCAGCGAUUCUACAAACAAAGGAUCAGUAGCUGCUAAGCAAUUUAAGGAUGUCAUACGUUAUGAUCCAACAAGGCAUGACCAUGCCACUUACGAAAGGAAGACCGAUGAUAAGCCAAAAGAAAGUAAAGCAAAACGGAGGAAGAAAAGGGAGGAGGCUGAGAAGCUGCCUGAGGUGUCUAAAGAGAUGUAUUAUAACAUUGCUGCGGACUUAAAAGAAAUAUUUCAAACUACAAAAGUUACCAGUGAAACAGCAGACGACACGCCCUCUACUGAGAAUCGUGAUGGCGAGAAGGUCGAAGUCCAUGAGCCCGCGCCUCUGACAGCUGGGGCCUGGCAGCCUGGCGGGUUCACAUUCUCCUUUUUUGAUUCAGAUGCUAAAGAUGUAAAGGAAGAUGCCUAUAGAGUUGAGACCGUGAGAACUGGGAAGGUUGUCUGGCAGGGAGCCCCUCGUUUCCAAGACAGCAGUUCUGAAGAGGAGGAUGUUACAGAAGAAACAGACGACAGGAAGCCCAGCCCCAGAGAAGUAUCAGUACCUGAGAAAGAGACUACAAGAUUUUUCUUUUUUUCUAAGAAUGAUGAAAGACUUCAUAGUUCUCAUUUAUUCUGGAGAGGAGUGGGAAGUAAUAUCAGCAGGAAUUCUUGGGAGGCCAGAACAAACAACUUGCGUAUGGACUGUCGGAAGAAACAUAAAGAUGCCAAAAGGAGAGUGAAACCAAAAUAAUAUUAAAUGUCAGCAUUGGUUUUGAUACUGAAUAUGAGCAAGGCUUACCUAUGGAAAUCGGGUGAUGCAGAAAAUAAUUUUAAGUGAGAAAGAAUUCAGAUUGAAGGGAUUCAAAAUCUGCCUGGUUGAUAUCACUCUGUUUGCUAUCUUUUUCUGUGGAUUUGCUUGUAUCUCUUUGUAAGUAAUUCUGCAAAAAAUUAGCAUGAACUUUUUUUUUUAAACAAAGCACAAGACAACCCCUCAAAAUACUUUUUAUAUAUAAUCUCUGUGCUAUCUUCAGUAACUAAUGGGUAUCUUCUAAUUAAGAGUUUACAUAAAGUCUUUUUAAAUGUAUGGGUAAGAGCACUUGUGUUUUCCAAGUUAGGCUUUGUGUGAAUUAUAGGCUACAUGAAAUAUGUAUUUUUGAUUGUAUAUUGUCAUUUUUUUAAAAGAUGAAUACAAAUCAGUCUGAGUUCUGUACUUGCGUCCUGAUAAACAAUUAACUGAAAUGCAAGACAUUUCAGAUAAGCAUCAUAGGAGAGUUCUCUGAGGACCAGGAAAGGGUGCAAAAUAGAGUUUUCCUGUCCUUGGCCUCUGAGAAUUAAUAGAGGCAACCCAUCAAUCCCAAAACUCUGGUUUGACCAGAGUCUUAUGAAAAAUCCAAGUUAGCCAUCAGGACUCUCAAGUCCAGAUAGGGAAGCAGAUUUAAUAUCUCAUUAAAUCAACCUGGUUAUGAUUCAAGCCUCCUAUCAAACUGGGCUCUGUUCAAAACUGUUAUAUAGAUCAUCCCCAGGGAUUGUCCUUGAGCCACAACGUGUAUCUGAAAUUAAGUAUUUAUUAAUUUACAUCUUGACCAAAUAUAAACUCUGGCCGGGAUGUCAUCUGGUUUAUUGACCAUUAUAUCCCCACUGCCUAGAACUGUGUGUAGCAUUCGGUGGGUGCUUAGUACAUAUACUUCUGAAUAAACAGGGUCCAAAGAACUAA